AUGCUACAAUCGCUAACUAACAAUUCGUGUGUGCGGUUGAUAGAAAGUCACAAAUCGACAUGGUAUUUUUUGUUUCUAGUCUUGGGCUAUAUUCUGUAUCUUAUAUUCGGAGCUGUUGUCUUUUCCUCUGUGGAACUGCCUUACGAAGACCUUCUACGCCAGGAACUCCGAACCAUCAAAAAACAAUUCCUCCAAGAUAACGAAUGUCUAUCGGAAGAACGCCUCGAGGAGUUUUUGGAGAAAGCGCUCGAGGCCAGUAACUAUGGAGUGUCCAUUCUCAACAACGCAUCGGCAAAUUGGAAUUGGGACUUCACCUCCUCGCUGUUUUUCGCCAGUACUGUAUUGUCUACCACAGGUGAGUCAGUCAGUGGCCUAUUUUAAGUGUAGGCUACUACUUUUCAGCCAUCUAUCGAUGGAACGUUGAAUGACAUCUACGGGGCUCGCAGGAGGUGAUGCAGGCUCCGCGUCAAAGCGCGUUCUGCGUCGGCGCAUCGCCCCGGAGAAAUGAAUAGGUGCCAUUCAGAUAUUUGUUGCUUUUAAUAGCUCUAUUUUCAGAAAAAUAAGGGAGUUGCUUGCUUACGUAGUCAUGUAUGGUGGUAAUAUAGUUGAUUAUUGUCAUAACCUUCCUGUAACGUAGGCACACGACCUUCCUGAAAGCAGGUUGCAUUAUUUUGCCUGUGACACUGAAAUGUAUCCUUUCGCGACACUCUACACCAUGAUAAUAUACAGUAUGCCCUCAAUGUCUGUCUGUCUGUCUGUCUGUCUGUCUGCCUGCUUGUCUGUGUUUAUGCAGUGAGCAAGAGCACGUUCUUUCUCACGCAAUUAACACAUUUAUCCUUUAAAAAAAGCCUACAAGCCUGGGUCUGUAAUUUGACACUCCCACCAAUGAUUACCGACUUUAAAAGAAAACAACACAUAAUUUAAGUCCUCAAUGCCGUGUGAGCCUAACUUUAAGUUACAAAAUAUGUAGUUGUAUGUAGGCCUCACAUAAGUAAUGUUUAGGGAUGGGAUACCAGCAUUACAUUCUUCAGAUCAGACAGCAAAUGCGUUUAUCUUUUGAAUAGGUGUUGCAUAUAACAGCCUCCUUAUCUUAUAGCCUAUUGCGUAAAAGGCCUACAUUAGUUUCAUGUCUUUGUAGAAUUUUGGUCCUAACCCCAUGUGAUAUAAAGACACCCAGAAGUUAAGUUAUCUUUGACUCUGUGCUUUCAACAUAUAGGCCAUUUUGAAAUUGGUGUCUGAGUUCGUUGCACCUUAAGUCCCAGGUGAUACAUAGGCUUAGUGUGUGGUCCCAUGUAAAUAGACCAUAGUCACAAGGAUAGGCCUAAAGCUGGGAAAUAUGGGCGUGCCGACUGCAGACAAUCCGGUUCGACAAGAUUAGGGAUCUAUUGUCAUUCAAUACUUCCAUGACAUGACUCAAGUCACCUACCACAGUUCCUUCUCAAAAAGUCACAUUUUCCUCACACAGAAAGCUAUGUACUCUUUUAAUUGCAACAAUGAAACACAAGAAAAAAUACAAUAGUCAUAAUACAGCCAGAGAGAUCCAUGAAAAAGUAAAGUAAGGGAAGCUAUGGUGUAGAGCUAUUAGUUUCACAGGUGGUAUAGACAGCGUUUCCCAAACUCGGUCCUCUGGACCCCAAGGGGUGCACGUUUUGGUUUUUGCCCUAACACUGAUUCUAAUGAUCAAAGCUUGAUGAUUAGUUUAUUAUUUGAAUCAGCUGUGUAGUGCUAGGGCAAAAACCAAAACGUGCACCCCUUGGGGUCCCAAGGACCGAGUUUGGGAAACCCUGGUAUAGAAGAACUCACUCAGCUCAGUUCUAGUCAUUACAAUCCACCACAUUGCUUCUUGAUAGGACGCUAUGGUAGCAGUAGCCUGUUACUGCAGUAAAGAGGUCACUUUAUUUUCUCAGAGGGGAGCUUUCUUUUUGGUGUCAGGUCAGUCACACAUGGUAAUACUUUACAUUCAAUCUCUCUCAAUGUUCCAUCAGCUCAUCUUGACAUAACCGUCCAUCACAUUACUUGAUAGAGAGAAUUUUACUGCAGGAUAACAUUCCUGACAACUUUUUUGACAUAGUAAAGAUAUUGAUGACAAUGUAUCAUUGUAGGCCUUCUCUGACAUAUAAAGUAGCUUAGUUGAGUUCCAAAUCUGCAUGGUUGUGUUGGAGGGCCAUUGCAUUUAAAACACUCAUGCCAGGAACACUUAACCAAAACAUGCUACAUUCUCUUUUCUUUAAUGUCAACUUCACGUGUGAGUGCCAUGAGCUACAGAACAGAGUGCUCAAACCCCCUCUGCUGUCAUGGCUAUGCUGGUUUGCCUGUCUACAUGAGAUAAUAUGGUGUUCUGUUGCUCCUUGCUAUUGUUGUAAACAGCUUUAAAAACUAGCAAGUAUAUAAGGCUUUGCCAAAGAAACAAAGACUUGAGCUACUGACAAUAUAUAUCUUGUUUUGUUGUUCAGAAACGGAUUAAACAAAAGGAAAGGGUGCAACUCUAGUGUUUUCUCUAGUGUGCAAUAGGCAUAUUUUUGGUGUUAAGAAACACAUUUCCUUUUUAAUGUGAAAGUUAAAGGCUACAUUUACAUUUAUCAUUAUCUCAACUAACCUGUCAAUGUCCCUUUAUGUGUUUCAUCCAGGAUAUGGCCACACUGCUCCACUCUCCGAUGGAGGCAAAGCCUUCUGUAUCGUUUACUCUGUGAUCGGCAUCCCCUUCACCCUCCUCUUCCUCACUGCCGUGGUCCAACGCAUCAUGGUCUUCAGCACGCGCCGCCCAGUCAUGUACGUGUCGACCCGCUGGGGCCUGUCCAAGCCUGUCGUAGCCGUGGUCCACGCCACACUCCUCGCCAUCCUGGCUGCUUCCUGUUUCUUUCUCAUCCCGGCGGCCAUCUUCUCCUCCCUAGAGGAGAACUGGAACUUCCUGGAAAGCAUCUACUUCUGUUUUAUAUCACUAAGUACCAUUGGACUGGGAGAUUACGUACCAGGGGAGUCCUUCAACCAGAGGUUCAGACAGCUCUAUAAAGUCGGAAUCACUGGUGAGUAUUUUUAUUUUAUUUUUUGAACGAGGGGUCUACUACAAAGCACAAUCAAUGAGUUAAGCAACUUCGAUAAAGGAUUUUCUGGUUCAUUAAAGGUGCAAUAUGCAGAAAUCGUUCUGCCAUUUCCUAGUUGCAAAAAUUCUCAUAGUUGUAUAAAAUAUUGUAUAUUCAGCUGUUUGAAGCUGGUGUACAAAACCGAAAGUAAAAGACGUAAAAACGAAACUUAACAGGAAGCAUAGAAAUAGCGCACAUAUAACAGAUCUAUCGCGUUAAUUACAUAUCUGUAGCUCACAUUUCUAUGUGAAUUUGGUUGGGUUGCCCAAAAGGUUACAUAUUGCAGCUUUAAGAAAGCUAAGCCUAGAUAUGUGGUUUUUGAGUAAAUUAGACCAUGUCCAUUUCAAGAUUCUUUCAAACAAAUAAAAAGUUAUUUUACAAUAUUUAGGCAAGUUAGCUGGCUAACUCUUUGAUCCUGCUUUGUAGUUUACCCCUCAUGUUGUUUUACUCCAUUAUUUGUAAACAAUGUCUUAUUGCUGAAGCUAUACGUUGUUUGUUUACUAUCAUGUUGAUCUCAUGGACUGUCACAGUCCUUACAUCCAUAGCUUAAUCUACGAAUUUGAGAGAGGUUACAUUUCUCCAGCCGUAUCCCUCAGCUCUAUAGGGAAAAAAGUGGUGAGGCUACUGUUGAACGAAUCUCAGAUUGUGGCUUUAAAGUUUGAUGAAUGGUACCAUAUUUGGGUGCCUCUGAUCAAAGCAAACGAAACUAUCCAGACAAAUAGAGAGCCACAACACCUUGAGGCUCUGAAUGCUCUUGGAGAGUUUCUCAUUCUGUUCAGAAGCUUCAGGCUUGAAAUACAUCUUGAGGCUAAGAAUAGAGAAAAAGGCUGAUUUGAACUUAAUAGGGGGUCCUGUAUAUUUGAUGUGGAUUGCCUUCAGUACUUCUGGCAUGUUUUUGAAGUUUGGUUGACUGAGAAUCUUCACAUAUCCUUCCUAAAAAUUAUCUUGAUCAGUAUAUAGUUGGUCACAUUGGAUUCACAGGAAAGGCUUGGCAAAGCCUAUUGUGUUGAGGUCUAACGUCAUGCAGUGUAUCUACAUUCUAGUUAAUAAUUAUUAUAACCAGUGAGGGAAAACUAACACAAACCUUUCUACUUCAUGCUGCUUACUGUGAUCAUCAGCUCUCUCACUCCCACCUAGUGGUAAGAUUAGGUCACAGCAAUAGAAAAACUAAUACUGUUGUGAGGUUGUUUUCCAUCCUAGGAGCUGAGUCAGCUAAGAGUCAUCACUGGCUCAUUGAGAGGUAGAGGAGAGGAGGAAAGGAGAGCUGCAGAUGGCCUAUUCAGUAGUGGUUGUAUGGGGGAUUGUGGGAGCAGGGGGCAUUGCAUUCCAGAAUGUGUUUGUCACUAUGAGAGAAUGACAUCACUAAUCACUCAGCAGACUGUUUUGCAGGAACUACUACUCCUGCCCUCCUGUCACUAGACAGACAAGGCAGACACCUCUCACUGACUGACUGUUUCUCUCUCUCUAUCAUGCUGCAUGACAUACUGUUAAAAAUACUAUGACCCUGGGCACCACCCACUCGCUUACCUCUCCUUGUCCUGUUAACGUUUUAUUGAUCUAUUAGGAUCCCCAUUAGCCGUCGCCAAUGGCGACAGCUAGUCUUACUGGGGUACGACACAACAAAAAAGACAUUACAGACAAAAUACUUUACAAUUGACAUACAGUACCAGUCAAAAGUUUGGACACCUACUCAUUCCAGGGUUUUUCUUUAUUUGUACUAUUUUCUACAUUGUAACACAUGGAAUCAUGUAGUAACCAAAAAAGUGUUAAACAAAUCCAAAUAUAUUUUAUAUUUGAGAUUCUUCAAAGUAGCCACCCUUUGCCUUGAUGACAGCUUUGCACACUCUUGGCAUUCUCUCAACCAGCUUCAUGAGGUAGUCACCUGGAAUGCAUUUCGAUUAACAGGUGUGCCUUGUUAAAAGUUAAUUUGUGGAAUUUCUUUCCUUAAUCAGUUUGAGCGAAUCAGUUGUUGUGACAAGGAAGGGGUGGUAUACAGAAGAUAGCCCUAUUUGGUAAAAGACCAAGGCCAUAUUAUGGCAAGAACAGCUCAACUAAGCAAAGAGAAACGACAGUCCAUCAUUACUUUAAGACAUUAACGUUUCUUCAAGUGCAGUUGCAAAAACCAUCAAGCGCUAUGAUGAAACUGCCUCUCAUGAGGACCGCCACAGGAAAGGAAGACCCAGAGUUACCUCUGCUGCAGAGGAUAAGUUCAUUAGAGGUAACUGCACCUCAGAUUACAGCUCAAAUAAAUGCUACACAGAGUUCAAGUAACAGACACACCUCAACAUCAACUGUUCAGAAGAGACUGCGUGAAUCAGGCCUUCAUGGUCGAAUUGCUGCAAAGAAACCACUACUGAAGGACACCAAUAAGAAGAAGAGACUUGCUUGGGCCAAGAAACACGAGCAAUGGACAUUAGACCGGUGGAAAAUCUGUCCUUUGGUCUGAUGAGUCCAAAUUUGAGAUUUUUGGUUCCAACCGCUGUGUCUUUGUGAGACGCAGAGUAGGUGAGCAGAUGAUAUCCGCAUGUGUGGUUCCCACCAUGAAGCAUGGAGGAGGAGGUGUGAUGGUGUGGGGGUGCUUUGCUGGUGACACUGUCUGUGAUUUAUUUAGAAUUCAAGGCACACUUACCCAGCAUGGCUACCACGGCAUUCUGCAGCGAUACGCCAUCCCAUUUGGUUUGGGCUUAGUGGGACUUUCAUUUGUUUUUCAACAGGACAAUGACCCAAAACACACCUCUAGGCUGUGUAAGGGCUAUUUGACCAAGGAGAGUGAUGGAGUGCUGCAUCAGAUGACCUGGCCUCCACAAUUAGUUGGACCGCAGAGUGAAGGAAAAGCAGCCAACAAGUGUUCAGCAUAUUUGAGAACUCAUUUAAGACUGUUGGAAAAGCAUUCCAGGUGAAGCUGGUUGAAAGAAUGCCAAGAGUGUGCAAAGCUGUCAUCAAGGCAAAGGCUGGCUACUUUGAAGAAUCUCAAAUAUAAAAUUUAUUUUGAUUUGUUUAACACUUAUUUGGUUACUACAUGAUUCCAUAUGUGUUAUUUCAUAGUUUUAAUGUCUUCACUAUUAUUCUACAAUGUAGAAAAUAGUAAAAAUAAAUAAAAACCCUUGAAUGAGUAGGUGUGUCCAAACUUUUGACUGGUACUGUACAUUUCAAAACAUGUAGUGUUUGUGCAUUUAUCAGUUACACAUACAUGUCAGUACAUAACACAAAAACACAACAGUACACAAAAACUAGGUCACAUGGGGGAGCGGCGUUGUGCCGUGUGGUGUCGCUUUGUUUUUUUGAAACCAGGUUUGCUGUUCACUUGUGCUUUAUAAGAUGGAUAUACUGUAUGUUUCCUUGAGUUUGUUCUGGACCUGGGGACUGUGCUGUGUCAGUGCUGUGUGUAAGUUGACUAUGCAAACCAUUUGGAAUUUCCAACACAUUAAUGUUUCUUUCCUCAACUCUUAGCCAAGAGUGACUGGCAUGCAUAGUAUUAAUAUUAGCCCUCUGUUCUGGGCCAGCUGCUGCUUAACUAGGUAUUUCUUUGCAGCACCUAAGCAUAUGACAUGACAAUAAUCUAUAUAAGAUAAAACUAGAGCCUGCAGGACUUGCUUUGUGGAGUGUGGUGUCAAAAAAAGCAGAGCAUGUCUUUAUUACAGACAGACCUCUCCACAUCUUUACAACCAUUGAAUCUAUAUGUUUUGACCAUGACAGUUUAAAAUCUAAGGUAACACCAAGUAAUUUAGUCUCCUCAACUUGUUCAACAGCCACACCAUUCAUUACCAGAUUCAGCUGAGGUCUAAAACUUAGGGAAUGAUUUGUACCAAAUACAAUGCUCUUAGUUUUAGAGAUGUUGAGGACUAGUUUAUUACUGGCCACCCAUUCCAAAACAGACUGCAACUCUUUGUUAAGGGUUUCAAUGACUUCAUUACAUUUACAUUUACAUUUUAGUCAUUUAGCAGACGCUCUUAUCCAGAGCGACUUACAGGAGCAAUUAGGGUUAAGUGCCUUGCUCAAGGGCACAUUUACGUCAUUUAGCAGACGCUCUUAUCCAGAGCGACUACAAAUUGGUGCAUUCACCCUAUAGCCAGUGGGAUAACCACUUUACAAUUAUACUUUUUUUUCUUUUCUUUUUUUUUUUUUUGGGGGGGGGGGGGGGGGGGGUAGAAGGAUUACUUUAUCCUAUCCCAGGUGUUCCUUAAAGAGGUGGGCUUUCAAAUGUCUCCGGAAGGUGGUGAGUGACUCCGCUGUCCUGGCGUCGUGAGGGAGCUUGUUCCACCAUUGGGGUGCCAGAGCAGCGAACAGCUUUGACUAGGCUGAGCGGGAACUAUGCUUCCGCAGAGGAAGGGGAGCCAGCAGGCCAGAGGUGGAUGAACGCAAUGCCCUCGCCUGGGUGUAGGGACUGAUCAGAGCCUGAAGGUACAGAGGUGCCGUUCCCCUCACUGCUCCAUAGGCAAGCACCAUGGUCUUGUAACGGAUGCGAGCUUCAACUGGAAGCCAGUGGAGUGUGCGGAGGAGGGGGGUGACGUGAGAGAACUUGGGAAGGUUGAACACCAGACGGGCUGCGGCAUUCUGGAUGAGUUGUAGGGGUUUAAUGGCACAGGCAGGGAGCCCAGCCAACAGCGAGUUGCAGUAAUCCAGACGGGAGAUGACAAGUGCCUGGAUUAGGACCUGUGCCGCUUCCUGUGUAAGGCAGGGUCGUACUCUCCGAAUGUUGUAGAGCAUGAACCUGCAGGAUCGGGUCACCGCCUUGAUGUUGGCGGAGAACGACAGGGUGUUGUCCAGGAUCACGCCAAGGCUCUUCGCACUCUGGGAGGAGGACACAACGGAGUUGUCAACCGUGAUGGCGAGAUCAUGGAACGGGCAGUCCUUCCCCGGGAGGAAGAGCAGCUCCGUCUUGCCAGGGUUCAGCUUGAGGUGGUGAUCCGUCAUCCAUACUGAUAUGUCGGCCAGACAUGCAGAGAUGCGAUUCGCCACCUGGUUAUCAGAAGGGGGAAAGGAGAAGAUUAGUUGUAUCGUCAGUGUAGCAAUGAUAGGAGAGGCCAUGUGAGGAUAUGACAGAGCCAAGUGACUUGGUGUAUAGGGAGAAAAGGAGAGGGCCUAGAACUGAGCCCUGGGGGACACCAGUGGUGAGAGCACGUGGUGCGGAGACAGCUUCUCGCCACGCCACUUGGUAGGAGCGACCGGUCAGGUAGGACGCAAUCCAGGAGUGAGCCGCGCCGGAGAUGCCCAGCUCGGAGAGGGUGGAGAGGAGGAUCUGAUGGUUCACUGUAUCAAAGGCAGCAGACAGGUCUAGAAGGACAAGAGCAGAGGAGAGAGAGUUAGCUUUAGCAGUGCGGAGAGCCUCCGUGACACAGAGAAGAGCAGUCUCAGUUGAAUGACCAGUCCUGAAACCUGACUGGUUUGGAUCAAGAAGGUCAUUCUGAGAGAGAUAGCAAGAGAGUUGGCUAAAGACGGCACGCUCAAUAGUUUUGGAAAGAAAAGAAAGAAGGGAUACUGGUCUGUAGUUGUUGACAUCAGUGGGAUCGAGUGUUGGUUUUUUGAGAAGGGGUGCAACUCUCGCUCUCUUGAAGACAGAAGGGACAUGGCCAGCGGUCAAGGAUGAGUUGAUCAGCGAGGUGAGGUAGGGGAGAAGGUCAGCGGAGAUGGUCUGGAGAAGAGAGGAGGGGAUGGGGUCAAGCGGGCAGGUUGUUGGGCGGCCUGCAGUCACUAGUCGCAAGAUUUUAUCUGGAGAGAGAGGGGAGAAAGAAGUCAAAGCAUAGGGUAGGGCAGUGUGAGCAGGACCAGCAGUGUCAUUAGACUUAACAAACGAGGAUCGGAUGUCGUCAACCUUCUUUUCAAAGUGGUUGACAAAGUCAUCCACAGAGAGGGAGGAGGGGGGGAUUCAGCAGUGAGGAGAAUGUGGCAAAGAGCUUCCUAGGGUUAGAGGCAGAUGCUUGGAAUUUAGAGUGGUAGAAAGUGGCCUUAGCAGCAGAAACAGAUGAAGAAAAUGUAGAGAGGAGGGAGUGAAAAGAUGCCAGGUCGGCAGGGAGUUUAGUUUUCUUCCAUUUCCGAUCAGCUGCCCGGAGCUCUGUUCUGUGAGCUCGCAAUGAGUCAUCAAGCCACAGAGCUGGAGGGGAGGACCGAGCCGGCCGGGAGGAUAGGGGACACAGGGAGUCAAAGGAUGCAGAAAGGGAGGAGAGGAGGGUUGAGGAGGCAGCGCGUUACCAUCUGUGUAGGGGCAGAGUGAGUAGUGUUGGAGGAGAGCGAGAGAGAAAAGGAUACAAAGUAGUGGUCGGAGACAUGGAGGGGAGUUGCAGUGAGAUUAGUAGAAGAGCAACAUCUAGUAAAGAUGAAGUCAAGCGUAUUGCCUGCCUUGUGGUGAGAGGGUGAGGUCAAAAGAGGAGAGGAGUGGAAAGAAGGAGGCAGAGAGAAAUGAGUCAAAUGUAGACGUGGGGAGGUUGAAAUCCCCCAGAACUGUGAGGGGUGAGCCAUCCUCAGGAAAGGAACUUAUCAAGGCGUCAAGCUCAUUGAUGAACUCUCCAAGGGAACCUGGAGGGCGAUAGAUGACAAGGAUAUUAAGCUUAAAUGGGCUAGUGACUGUGACAGCGUGGAAUUCAAAUGAGGAGAUAGACAGAUGGGUUAGGGGAAAAAUUGAGAAUGACCACUUGGGAGAGAUGAGGAUUCCUGUGCCACCACCCCUCUGACCAGAUGCUCUCGGGGUAUGCGAGAACACAUGGUCAGACGAGGAGAGAGCAGUAGGAGUAGCAGUGUUUUCAGUGGUAAUCCAUGUUUCCGUCAGUGCCAGGAAGUCGAGGGACUGGAGGGUAGCAUAGGCUGGGAUGAAGUCAGCCUUGUUGGCGGCAGAACGGCAGUUCCAGAGGCUGCCUGAGACCUGGAACUCCAGGUGUGUGGUGCGUGCAGGGACCACCAGGUUAGAGAGGCAGCAGCCACGCGGUGUGAGGCGUUUGUGUAGCCUGUGCGGAGAGGAGAGAACAGAGAUAGGCAGAGGGAUAGUUGACAGGCUGCAGCAGAUGGAUACAAUAAUGCAGAGGAGAUCGGGAUGAAAUGAACUAAACAUCAGGGAAAUGAGAGAGCAGGCCUCCCUCACCCAAAAAAAAAAAUAUAUAUAUAACUCUCCCAACUUCCACCUCAGAAACUAUAAUUGUUUCACUGAAUCACCCGAGUAAAACUCUCCCAACUUCCACUUUAGAAAUUAGAAUUGUUGUAAACUACAGCAGACUGUUAUCAGUAGCUGUAAUUAAGUACAGCAGCUACCAACCACCUAACGUUAAUGCCUCGGAUGAGGUUAGAAAAACAGCUGAAUGGUAGCAGCUAGCUGGCUCAAUCACAGGUACUCUUAAGCAUGAAAUAACAUUGGAAACAAUUAACCACAGUUGCAAAAAGUUACCAGUAGCUACCCGUAUUAUAGGUAGCUUGUUGGUCCAAGUAGAGGGUAGGCUAGCCUCGUGCUUCGCCGGAGUCCGCCGAAUACAGUCCUUACCUACAAUAAUUACCUACAAUAACCUUCAAUAACUACCUGAGUAAGCUACCUAUAAUACCAAACUACAAUACCUACCUACAAUCUAAAUACAUGGUUUAAGCUUAACUCAACACCAUAUAAGAAGCCAAGCUUACCUUUCAUAACGCAGCAACGAUUAAACGUUGGGUAGCUAGCACAAAGAUAUUGUAUUUAGCUACCACAGUACAGCCUGCUGGUAGUGUUGGCUGGCUAGCAAUGGCUACUGUGUUGACUUUGUUUGAAAAACGGCGUCGCUGCGAACGAAUGUAGCUGGCUAAAAGGAUAUUGUUUUUUAGUUGCAACCGUUGCUAAUAGCAACUCGCCAGCUAAUCCAGGAGGUGAGUUAGCUAGCUAGCUUCGUGCUACAUCCGGCACCGCCGAAUACAAAAGUAACCUACAAUAACUACACAACAGCUACCUACAACAGCCCACGAUGCCUACCUAUACUACUUAAUAAUAUACAGCCCACGAUGCCUACCUAUAGUACCUAACUACAAUCUAAAUACAUAGUUUAAGCCUUACUCGACAAAGCCCAAGCUAUGUAUAAAGCCAAACUGGCAGACUGCAAUCAGUAGCCGAAAUUAAGUACAGCAGCUACCAACCACCUAACGUUAAUGAUAAUGAGGUUAGAAAAACAGCUGAAGGUGGCAGCUAGCUGGCUCAAUUACAGGUACUCUUAAGCGUGAAAUAACAUUGGAAACAGCUAACCACAGUUGCUAAAAGUUACCGGUAGCUACCCGCUAGCUAGCUAGCUUUGUUGGUCCAAGUAGUGGGUAGGCUAGCCUCGUGCUUCGCCGGGGUCCGCCGAAUACAGUCCUUACCUACAAUAAUUACCUACAAUAACCUACAAUAACUACCUGAGUAAACUACCUAUAAUACCUAACUACAAUACCUACCUACAAUCUAAAUACAUGGUUUAAGCUUUACUCAACACCAUAUAAGAAGCCAAGCUUACCUCCUGCUAGAGAAAACACAACCUCUCCCGUCAGCAUCUGUAAAAACGGGGCAUUAGCUGUGGUUGCUAAUGCAUCAGUGGUUGAAUCAUUAGCAUAUAUGGGCACGCAUGCUUUUUUAAAAGCCAGUGGCAGGUCAUUGGUAAAAAUAGAAAAGAGUAUAGGGCCUAGAGAGGUGACCUGCGGUAGACCACACUUUACAUGUUUGACAAUAGAGAAGCUUCCAUUAAAGAGAACCGUUUGAGUUCUGUUAGAUAGCUCUGAAUCCACGAUAUGGCAGAGGUUGAAAAGCAAAAACACAUACUUUUUCUCAACAAAAGGAUAUGGUCAAUAAUAUUAAAGGCUGCACUGAAAUUUAACAGUACAGCUCCCACAAUCUUAUUAUCAAUUUCUUUCAACCAAUCAUCAUUUGUCAGUGCAGUACAUGUUGAGUGCUCUUCUACAGUGAGGGAAAAAAGUAUUUGAUCCCCUGCUGAUGUUGUACGUUUGCCCACUGACAAAGACUUGAUCAGUCUAUAAUUUUAAUGGUAGGUUUAUUUGAACAGUGAGAGACAGAAUAACAACAACAAAAUCCAGAAAAACACAUGUCAAACAUUUUUAUAAAUUGAUUUGCAUUUUAAUGAGGGAAAUAAGUAUUUGACCCCUCUGCAAAACAUGACUUAGUACUUGGUGGCAAAACCCUUGUUGGCAAUCACAGAGGUCAGACGUUUCUUGUAGUUGGCCACCAGGUUUGCACACAUUUAAGGAGGAGUUUGUCCCACUCUCUUUGCAGAUCUUCUCCAAGUCAUUAAGGUUUCGAGCCUGACGUUUGGCAACUCGAACCUUCAGCUCCCUCCACAGAUUUUCUAUGGGAUUAAGGUCUGGAGACUGGCUAGGCCACUCCAGGACCUUAAUGUGCUUCUUCUUGAGCCACUCCUUUGUUGCCUUGGCCGUGUGUUUUGGGUCAUUGUCAUGCUGGAAUACCCAUCCACAAUGCCCUGGCUGAGGAAAGGAGGUUCUCACCCAUGAUUUGACGGUACAUGGCCCCGUCCAUCGUCCCUUUGAUGCGGUGAAGUUGUCCUGUCCCCUUAUCAGAAAAACACCCCCAAAGCAUAAUGUUUCCACCUCCAUGUUUGACGGUGGGGAUGGUGUUCUUGGGGUCAUAGGCAGCAUUCCUCCUCCUCCAAACACGGCGAGUUGAGUUGAUGCCAAAGAGCUCGAUUUUGGUCUCAUCUGACCACAACACUUUCCCCCAGUUCUCAUCUGAAUCAUUCAGAUGUUCAUUGGCAAACUUCAGACGGCCCUGUAUAUGUGCUUUCUUGAGCAGGGGGACCUUGCGAGCUGCAGGAUUUCAGUCCUUCACGGCGUAGUGUGUUACCAAUUGUUUUCUUGGUGACUAUGGUCCCAGCUGCCUUGAGAUCAUUGACAAGAUUUAUUUAUUUUAUUUAUUAUACAUUUAGCAGACGCUCUUAUCCAGAGCGACUUACAGGAGCAAUUAGGGUUAAGUGCCUUGCUUAAGGGCACAUCGACAGAUUUUUCACCUAGUCGGCUCGGGGAUUAGAACCAGCGACCUUUCGGUUACUGGCACAACGCUCUUACCCACUAAGCUACCUGCCGUGUAGUUCUGGGCUGAUUCCUCACCGUUCUCAUGAUCAUUGCAACUCCACAAGGUGAGAUCUUGCAUGGAGCCCCAGGCCGAGGGAGAUUGACAGUUAUUUUGUGUUUCUUCCAUUUGCGAAUAAUCACACCAACUGUUGUCACCUUCUCACCAAGCUGCUUGGCGAUGGUCUUGUAGCCCAUUCCAGCCUUGUGUAGGUCUACAAUCUUGUCCCCGACAUCCUUUGAGAGCUCUUUGGUCUUGGCCAUGGUGGAGAGUUUGGAAUCUGAUUGAUUGCUUCUGUGGACAGGUGUCUUUUUAUACAGGUAACAAGCUGUGUGCUCCUAAUCUCAGCUCGUUACCUGUAUAAAAGACACCUGGGAGCCAGAAAUCUUUCUGAUUGAGAGGGGUUCAAAUACUUAUUUCCCUCAUUAAAAUGCAAAUCAAUUUCAAAAAAUUUUGACAUGUGUUUUUGUGGAUUUUUUUGUUGUUAUUCCGUCUCUCACUGUUCAAAUAAACCUACCAUUAAAAUUAUAGACUGAUCAUUUCUUUGUCAGUGGGCAAACGUACAAAAUCAGCAGGGGAUCAAAUACUUUUUCCCCUCACUGUAUAUAAGCAUGCUGAAAGUCUGUUAAUUUGUUUACAGAGAAAUAGCAUUGUAUCUUGUCAAACACAAUUUUUUCCAAUAGUUUGCUAAGAGCUGGCAGCAAGCUGAUAGGUCUGCUGUUAGAACCAGUAAAGACCGCUUUACCACUCUUGUGUAGUGGAAAGACUUUAGCUUCCCUCCAGGCCUGAGGACAAAGUCUUUCCUCUAGGCUCAGAAUAAAGAUAUGAGUGGCUAUAUAGUCAGCUACCAUCCUCCGUAGCUUUCCAUUUAAGUUGUCAAUGCCAGGAGGUUUGUCAUUAUUGAUCGAUAUCAAUAAUUUUUCCACCUCUCUCACAUUAACUUAAAAAAAUUAUAACUUGCAAGGCUUUUCUUUCUUUCAUUUUUUUUUUUUUAUGCAUGAGUAAGAUGGCUCACUGUUCGUUGUUGGCAUUUCCUGCCUAAGUUUGCCCACUUUGCCAUUGAAGUAAUCAUUAAAAUAAUUGGCAAUAUCAAAUGGUUUUCUAAUGAAUAAGCCAUGAGUUUAGUCACAUAAUUUCUCAAUUUUCAGUAAGUCAGCCAGUCAGAUGUGCAGCCAGACUUAUUAGCCACUCCUUUUGUCCCAUCUCUUUCAACCAUACCGUGUUUCAAUUCCUCAUCAAUUCAUGGAGCCUUAACAGUUCUAACAGUCAAUUUCCUAACAGGUGCAUGUUUAUCAAUAAUUGGAAGAAGCAAUUUCACAAAUUCAUCAAGUGCAACAUCUGGAUGUUCCUUAUUAAUCACAUCAGACCAACAAAUAUUUUUAACAUCAUCCAUAUAAGUCACAGCAAAAUAUUUUGUAUGAUCUCUUAUACACUAUUUUAGGCCUAAUAUAGCCACUAUAUUGUGAUCACUGCAUCCAAUGGGUACGGAUACAGCUUUAGAACAAAGUUCUACAGUAUUACUAAAAAUGUGACCAAUACUUGUGAAUGAUCUUGUUUCUGUAGUGUUUGUAAACACCCUGGUAGGUUGAUUAAUAACCUGAACCAGAUUACAGGCACUGGUUACAGCGGGAAGCUUCCUCUUGAGCGGAUAGCUUGAUGAAAAUCAGUCAAUAUUCAGGUUCCCAAUAAAGUAGACCUCUCUGUUUACAUCACAUACACUAUCAAGCAUUUCACACAUGUUAUUUAGAUACUGACUGUUAGCGCUUGGUGGCCUAUAGCAACACCCCAAAAGAAAAGGCUUUAGAUGUGCCAGGUGUAUAUCCUUGUAUUGUUACUGCUGUAUCAUCAAAUGAAUUAUUGCCACAAAGUUGGAAGCACAGAAUCAUCUAGAAUGUCAUUUGUAUGCUGUAGCGUUAAGAUUUCCCUUCACUGGAACUAAGGGGCCUAGCCCGAACCAUGAAAAACAGCUCCAGACCAUUAUUCCUCCUCCACCAAACUUUACAGUUGGCACUAUGCAUUGGGGCAGAUUUGUCCGUCAGACUGCCAGAUGGUGAAGCAUGAUUAAUCACUCCAGAGAACGCGUGUCCACUGCUCUAGAGUUCAAUGGCGGCGAGCAUUACCCCACUCCAGCCGACGCUUGGCAUUGCACAUGGUGAUCUUAGGCUUGUGUGCGGCUGCUCGGCCAUGGAAACCCAUUUCAUGAAGCUCCUGAUGAACAGUUAUUUGGCUGACGUUGUUUCCAGAGGCAGUUUGGAACUCGGUAGUGAGUGUUGCAACCGAGGACAGAUUAUUUUUUAUGCACUACGCACUUCAGCACUCGGCGGUACUGUUCUGUGAGCUUGUGUGGCCUACCACUACGCGGCUGAGCCGUUGUUGCUCCUAGACAUUUCCACUUCACAAUAACAGCACUUACAGUUGACCUAGGCAGCUCUAGCAGGGCAGAAUUCUUACAAACUGACUUGUUGGAAAGUUGGCAUCCUAUGAAGGGGUCCAUGUUGAAUGUCACUGAGCUCUUCAGUACAGGCAAUGCUACUGCCAAUGUUUGUCUAUGGAGGUUGCAUGGCUGUGUGCUCGAUUCUAUACACCUGUCAGGGUGUAGCCGAAUCCACUAAUUCUAAGUGGUGUCCACAACCUUUUGGCCAUGUAGUAUACAUUGGUUAAAAGACGCAGGUCACAAAAACGAAAUGAAGUUAAGCUAGUAAUACAUUUAGUUGUUUUUGAAACAUUAGAAAGCAUACUAAUAUUUUGGCUGGUAAAAAAAAUCUGGUCACUUCUCUCCUAGUGUUUCUUCCUCUUCUAAGUUCAGCUGCGACCGUGUCAGUGGAGGUCUUGUCGCAAAACUAAGACCGUCGCUGAACCAAAGACAGUUCUGUGGAGUUGUUCGAGGAAGGAAAGAGGGGAAGGCGCCACGUAACUCUCUCUUGAGUAUUUUACCUAGUUAUUUUCAGAUGAUCUAAUUUUGCUCUUUUGUAGCUUUGGUGACUGUGUGUUUUCUAUCCCAGUUCGCUCUUCUCCAUGUAGACUUUACAGAUGCUCCCCACACCUUGGCUGCAACUCUUCUAAUUUAGUGUACCAUGCGCGCACAACCCAUGUGGAAUUCUUGGUCUCUGGCAGCAUUUGGAACUGCUGAUCUGCUUUCAAGAACACAGAGUUCAUCUCAGCCUAUGCUGCCCUUCAGUCCCUUGACUUUUUGGCCCUGACGGAGACCUAGAUCACCCCAGAGAACACUGCUACUCCAGCUGCUCUCUCUUCAUCUGACUAAGUUUUCUCUCAUAGUCCGAGAGCAUCUGGUCGUCGCGGUGGUGGCACAGGGCUACUCAUUUCUCCAAAUUGGAGAUUUUCUAUUUUCUCCCUCUCUCGCCUGUCCAUCUCUUCAUUUGAAUUACAUGCUGUCACUUGUCCACUCAAGCGUAACAUAGAUGACAACAACAAUCACCCACCAGGUGCCCUUAGAGUUGGUUCUUUCUUUUUUAUUCCUCAAUGAGCUUGACACUUUGAUAAGCUCAUUUUCUGACAAUGGCUCACCUCUCUUCGUACUUGGCGACUUCAACCUCCAGAAGUCUGUCUUUGAUUUAAUUUCUUUCCAUCUCUCUCUUUCCCCUCCUUGCCUCUUGACCUCACCCUUUCCCAGUCCCCUCCCACUCACAAAGCAGGCAAUACGCUUGACCUCAUCUUUACUCGAGGCUGUUCGCCUGCUAAUCUCACUGCAACCCUCCUCCAGGUCUCUGAUCACUACUUUGUUUCCUUUUGUCUCCCUUUCCUCCAACCCUAGCCACUCAGCCCCUAUACAGACGGUCAUGCCCCGUCGCAAUCUUAGCGCUCUCUCUCCCACUACUGUCUCCUCUCCUAUCAUCUCUCCCUUCUGCUAAAUCCUUCUCCCUCCUAUCUCCUGAUUCUGCCUUUUCAACUCUACUCCUCAAUUUCCGCAUCCUAUGACUCGCACUGUCCCCUUUCCUCCCGGCCGGCUCGGCCCUCCCCUCCUGCUCCGUGGCCGAGUGUUUCAUUGCGAACUUACAGAACAAGGUUGAGAGCAGCUGAGCGAAAAUGGAGAAAAACUAACCUUCCGGAGGACCUAUCAUCCUUCCACUCCCUCCUCUCUACCUUCUCUUCAUCUGUAUCUGCCGCUAAAGCCACUUUAUAUCACUCUAAAUGUCAAGCUUCUGCCUCUAACCCUAGUAAACACCUUUCCACCUUCUCCUCCCUCCUUAAUCAUCCACCCCCUCCCUCUCUGCGGACAAAUUUGUCAACCACUUUGAAAAGAAGGUUAACGACAUCCGCUUCUCAUUCACUCAGCCGAUUUGAGUCCACUGGUCCCUUUCACACAGAACUACCCUACGUCUUGACAUCUUUCUCCCCUCUCUCUCUCCAGAUGAAAUCCUGCGACUAGUGAGGUCCGGCCGCCCGACAUCCUGCCCGCUCGACCCCAUCCCCUCCUCCAGACUAUCUCUAGAGACCUUUUCCCAUUCCUCACUUCCCUCAUCAACUCAUCCCUGACUACGUCACCUCUGACUUCAAAAUGGCCCGAGUCGCUCCUCUCCUCAAGAAACCAACACUCGAUUCCUCUGACGUCAAAAACUACAGACCGGUAUCCCUUUCUUUUCUUUCCAAAACACUUGAGCGUACUGUCUCUGACCAACUCUCUCGCUAUCGCUCUCUCAGAACUAUCUUCGUGACCCUAACCAGUCAGAAUUCAAGACAGGUCACUCAACCGAGACUGCUCUUCUCUAUGUCACGGAGGCUCUCCACACUGCCAAAGCUAUCCUCUGUUCUCAUCCUCCUAGAUCUAGCCGCUGCCUUCGACACCAUGAACCAUCAGGGCUGGGCAUCUCAGGCUCUGCACACUCAUGGGUUGCGUCCUACAUGGUGACGUGGAGAUGAUCUGCGUCAGCAGCACGUACUCCCACGACUGGUGUACCCUGGGGCUCGGUUCUAGGCCCUCUCCUCUUCUCUCUAUACACCACGUCACUCAGCUCCGUCAUAUCCUCACAUGGUUUCUCCUAUCAUUGCUAUGCGGUUGACACUUAACUACUUUUCUCCUUCCCCCCUUCUGACACCCGAGUGGCAACACGCAUCUCUGCGUGCCUGGCAGAUAUCUCCGCUUGGAUGUCGGCCCACCACCUCAAGCUCAACCUCGACAAGACUGCGCUGCUCUUCCUCCCGGGAAGGCCUGCCCACUCAAAGACCUCUCCAUCAUGGUUGACAACUCCACAGUGGCCCCAUCCCAGAGUGAUAAGAACCUUGCUGUGACCCUGGACAACACCCUGUCGUUCUCUGCAGACAUCAUAGCAGUUCAUGCUCUACAACAUCUGUAGAGUACGACCCUACCUCACACCGGAAGCGUCGCAGGUCCUAAUUCAGGCACUUGUCAUCUCCCGUCUGGAUUACUGCAACUCGCUGUUGGCUGGGCUCCCCGCUUGUGCCAUCAAACCCCUGCAACUUAUCUAGAACGCUGCAGCCCGCCUGGUUUUCAACCGUCCCAAGGAAGCUUGCAUCCACUACAAGACCAUGCUAUGCUCUGCUAUGCUAUGCUCAAAACCUACACCCCAACCCGAGCACUCAAUUCUGCCAGCUCUGGUCUCUUGGCCCUCCCACCCCUACCUGGAGGGCAGCUCCCGCUCAUCCCAGUCCAACCUCGUCUCUGUCCUGGCACCCCAAUGGUGGAACCAGCUUCCCCCUGAAGCUAGGACAGUAGAGUCCCUGCCCAUCUUCCGAUAACAUCUGAAACACUUCCUCUUCAAAGAGAAUCUUAAAUAAUCCCACAGCAUCCCCUUUUUUUGUGAACUAACACUCAAACUUUUUUUUUUACUAGCUCUGACUUUGCUGAUAGCUAUAUUAUUGAGGAAAAAUGUACUUACUGUGAUAUGUGGUUGUCCUACCUAGCUUUCUUAAGAUUAAUGUACUAACUGUAAGUUGCUCUGGAUAAGAGCGUCUGCUAAGGUCACCUCCUCUCACCAAAAGUUGCUUCCACUACUAAGGUCACCUCAUUUCUCAGUCUCAGUUAGUGUUGCUUCCUCUUCUAAAGGUCAACUCAUCUCUCCCUCUCAUUUCAAUGAGCAUUAUUCGCAUGAAUACAUGAGUAAAUAUUGCUAAAAAAAUUUUUUUUUUCCAUGCAACCCCCCCCCCCCCCCCACCCCCACCUGUUGCUUGUCCUGAUUGUGAUGCUUGGUGGUCCUUGAGACCUUCUGUGAUUGAUAAUAGUUCCUCUAGUAACCCCUCCUCUCUCUCCAGUCUACCUCCUCCUGGGCCUGGUCGUGAUGCUGGUUGUCUUGGAGACCUUCUGUGAGCUGCAGCAGCUGAAGACACUGAGGAAGAUGUUCUAUCUGAAGAAGGAGAAACCACAGGACCGCCUGGCAAUACUAGAGCACGACCAUCUGUCCUUCACCUCCGUGUCCCACCAGACCAACUCCACCUCGCUCAGGGAGGACAAGACCAAGGAUGUACCCUUC